CCCGGGGGGCUCCGGGACCCUCCGGGACCCCCCGGGACCCCCCGGGACCCCCUGACGCUCCUCCCGCAGAAGAACGAGGGGCAGCAGCCACCCGAGUUCCGCUCCUUCGCCGUGGACCCGCAGAUCACAUCGCUGGACGUGCUGCAGCACAUCCUGGCCCGGGCCUUCGACCUGCAGGGGAAGAAAAGCUUCGUUCUGAGCUUUGCUGCGCGGGACGGGCAGGGCCAGGACACUUUUGUGCCUCUGCUGAGCGAUGGGGACUUGGCCAACGCCUUCACCUGCGCCCGGCCCACGCUGAGACUGCGGCUGGACGUCAGGAACCCACCUGACAGCCCGCUGCUGGAGGACUGGGACAUCAUCAGCCCCCGCGAGGUCGCCGCGGCCGAGCCGAUCCCCGAGCGCCGCUCGCUGCUGGCGGCGGCCCUGCCCUUCACCCAGGCCUUGCUGGCACAGGUGAGCACACCUGGCCCGCUGCUGGAGGACUGGGACAUCAUCAGCCCCCGCGAGGUCGCCGCGGCCGAGCCGAUCCCCGAGCGCCGCUCGCUGCUGGCGGCGGCCCUGCCCUUCACCCAGGCCUUGCUGGCACAGGUGUGCUCUCUCACUCAUCCUUACUCCCCUCACAGGGACAUCCAGGAGGGUCCCAAGAGCUCCAACCAUGUUUUUGAGAGUCCCAGGGACAUCCAGGAGGAUCCCAAGAGCCCCAGAGAUGUCCAAAAUGGUCCCAAGAGCUCCAGAGAUGUUCUAGAAGGUCCCAAGGACAUCCAGGAGGGUCUCAAGGGCUCCAACGAUGUUCUAGAAGGUUCCAAGAGGUCCAGAGAUCUCCUCAAGAGCCCCAACGAUGUCUUUGAGAGUCCCAGGGACAUCCAGGAAGAUCCCAAGAGCUUUAAGAAAGUUCAGGAAGGUCCUGAGAGCUCCAGCAAAGUUUCCAAAGGUCCCAAGUGCUCCAGAGAUGUCCAAAAUGGUCCCAAGAGCCCCAGGGAUGUCCCCAACGGUCCCAAGGACAUCCAGGAGGGUCCCAAGAGCUUUAAGAAAAUUCAGGAAGGUCCCGAGAGCUCCAGCAAAGUCCCCAAAGGUGCCAAGAGCUGCAGGAAGGUCCAGAGGAGACGCCCCAGGGACACUGGAGGAGCCCCCGGGGGCUCCCAGGACUCGGAGCCAGGUGGCCCCAGGAAGGUGGAGGAAGGAACCGACGCCCUGGAGAUGGAGCAGAGAGCCCAGAGCCUCUGCUGGGGGGCUGGGGGGGACCCCAGAGAGGGACGAGCCCGCGACCCCAGGGGUGGCCACAGCGACCCCAGGGAUGGCCACAGCGACCCCAGGGAUGGCCGCAGUGACCCCAGGGAUGACCGCCAUGACUCCAAGGACAGCCACGAUGACCCCAAGGAGGGACAUGAUGACCCUGGGCAUGACCACCAUGACCCCAAGGACAGCUGCGAUGACUCCAGACGUGGCCACCAUGACCCCAGACGUGGCCACCAUGACCUCAAGCAUGACCACGACCUCAACGCUGACCCCAAACCCCCCAACCCCACCACCCCCGACGAUCCUUGGGGCGGCCGUUGGGCUUGGGAAGACCCUUCCACCUCUUCCUCCUCCUCGUGCUCCUCCUCCUCCUCCUCCUCGUCGGACGAAGAGCUGGCGCUGGAGGACGACGGAGCCCCGUUGCCACCGCCGGAGGAGCUGGGCCAGGGCAACCCGUUCCUGCUGUUCGUGUGCCUGGCCAUGCUGCUGGAGCAGCGCGACGCCGUCAUGGCGCGCGCCGGCGACUACAACGAGGUGGCCAUGCACUUCGACCGGCUGGGGCGGCGGCACUGCCUGCCCCGCGUGCUGCGCCGCGCCAAGGCGCUCUUCGCCAGGUACCUGGAGGGCUGGGGGGCGCCCCAGGGGGCGGCCCAGCCGGGACCCCAAAUCGGGUAAAGGGGCCGGGCCGGGAGAGGGUGGGGAGGUCCGAAGGUCGCUGGAGGUUUUUUUAGGACAAUGUGGGGAACGCCGUAAAACAUCUCAAAGAGGUUCUGGGGUCACCACGAGGGAGCCUGAGGUCAGUGGGGGGGUUGUAGGACAAGGUGGGGACACCAUAGAACAUAUCCUGGACGUUCCAGUGUCACUGGAGGUCUGUAGGAGCGUGUGGUGCCACCAUAAAACGUCCCCCUGAGGUCACCCUGAGGAGCCUUUGGACACUUUGGGGUCUCUAGGAGCAUGUGGUGCCACCAUAAAACGUCCCCCUGAGGUCACCCUGAGGAGCCUUUGGGCGGUUUGGGGUCUGUAGGACAAUGUGGUGACACCAUAAAACGUCCCCCUGAGGUCACCCUGAGGAACCUUUGGACACUUUGGGGUCUGUAGGACAAUGUGGGGAGGCCAUAAAAUGUUCCCCUGAGGAGCCUUUGGACGAUUCGGGGUCUGUAGGACAAUGUGGUGACUCCAUAAAACAUCUCCAGGAGGUUCUGGGGUCACCAUGGGGUCCCCAUGGUCACUGUGGGGUCUGUAGGACGCCCCUUCCCCACCUGCUCUUCGCCAGGUACCUGGAGGGGUGGGGGGCGCCCCAGGGAGACCCCAGGUGGGACCCCAAAUGGGGUAAAGGGGCUGGGGGAGAGGGUGGGGAGGUCCGAGGCCACCACAGGGAGUCCUUGGCCACCACUGGGGGGUUGUAUGACGAGGUGGGGACAAUAUAAAAUAUCCCCAAGAGGUCCUGAGGUCACUUUGGGGUCUGUAGGACAAUGUGGUGACCCCAUAAAAUGCUUCCCUGAGGUCAUCGUUGGGACCCUUUGGACAGUUUGGAGUUUGUAGAACAAGGUGAGGACACCGUAAAACGUCCCCCUGAGGUCACCCUGAGGAGCCU